UUUUCCUAAAAAUGGAGAGCUUCUCAAUGAAAUGCUUCCUAUUAGGUUUUACAAUGCUUUCACUACAAAUCAACGGUCUCUACGGUUGCUUUCGAAACGAGAGACUAGCUCUGUUAGAUUUCAAAGCAUCUGUCCGAGAGAUUAGAGGUGAUAUUGCAGACUUGCUUAUGCCUUCAUGGACUAAGCUAGCUAAAAAUGGCGACUGCUGCAAAUGGGAGCGAGUCAAAUGCAACUCAACCACUGGCCGUGUCAACAUGCUUUUUCUCGACAGUGUUGGCCCAAAUUAUGAUGAUAUGAGCCGUUGGUACCCUAAUAUCUCAAUCUUUUACCCUUUAACACAGCUUCACACUCUUAAUUUAUCCUACAACGCCAUAGCUGGAUUCGUCGGCAUUCAAGAUUCCAAGAGUUUUAAUCUGAACAAACUAGAAACUCUGGAUUUGAGGGUGAAUUAUGUUGACAAGAGUGUGAUAAAGAGUUUGGGUCAAUUCAAAUCUCUCAAAUCCUUAUACCUGCAAAGUAAUCGUAUCACCGGUCCGCUAUCUGACCAAGGACUUUCUGCAUUUAGUAACUUGAAGAUCCUUAAUCUGCAAUCCAAUCAGCUCAACGGAACUCUGCCAAUUCAGUUUUUGGGAAAUUUCAGAAGUUUGGAGAUUUUAGACUUGAGUGGGAAUGAACUCACUGGUAGCAUUCCACCAAACAUAGGCCAUUAUCUAUAUUCUCUCAAGGUUUUAGCCCUGUCCAAGAAUUUUCUCAAUGGCUAUUUGCCAACUCCAGGUUUAUGUCAACUGCAGAAACUUGAAGAGCUUGAUCUUAGUCAGAACUCGUUUCGGGGUACUAUUCCUGAAUGCUUAGGAAAACUGUCAUAUCUUAGGCUGCUAGAUGUUUCUGAAAACCAGCUAUCAGGAAAAAUUUCUUCCUCUAUGGUAGCUGGUCUCACAUCACUCCAGUACAUUGAUCUCAGUCAUAACCGAAUCGAAGGCGUGCUCUCAUUCAGCUCGUUUUCUAAUCAUUCGCGGCUUGAAGUGGUUCAGAUUGUAAACAAUAGCAACAACUUAGAAAUUGAAACUGAAAAGCCAAGCUGGAUUCCUUCAUUUCAGUUAAAGGUCCUUCUGUUACCUAACUGUAAUCUGAACAAAUUCUCCGGAAUGAUUCCCAAGUUUCUUUUCCAGCAGCAUGAGUUGAGAAUCCUUGAUCUUUCUCACAAUAAUUUGAAAGGAAACCUUGAAUGGUUGCGUAUCAGCAAUACUAAACUCGAAUUUGUUUCUUUGAGGAAAAAUUCUUUCGUAGGCCAGCUUGUUUUACCGCCACUUCCGAAGUGCUUGUGGAUUGAUGUAUCCGAAAAUCAGCUACACGGGAAAAUUCAAACCAAUAUCGCGAAGAUUCUUCCCAAUGUAAUUUACUUGAAUAUUUCGAAAAAUGCUUUUGAAGGUGUAAUUCCAUCUUCAAUUGGCAACAUGAUCUACUGGACUUCAAGUCAUACCGAUGACAGGUAUCCUUUAUACAAAGGCGACAUACCCAACUUCAUGUCUGCAUUGGAUGUGUCGUCUAACAAGCUGAGUGGAGAAAUCCCUCGUGAACUCGGAAAGCUAAAUCAGUUACGUGCAAUGAACUUGUCUCACAAUCAGUUGACAGGCUCCAUCCCGACAACUUUAUCAAAUUUGAGCCAAAUCGAUAGCAUGGACCUCUCUCACAACGGCUUGAGCGGAAGAAUCCCGCAGGAACUGAAAGAUCUGCGUUACCUCAAGUUCUUUAGUGUCGCUUACAACAAUUUAUCAGGUAGAAUUCCAGAUUUCGGCCCCGAUUUUGGAACUAUUGAUAACAGCAGCUUUCAAGGAAAUCCAUUGCUAUGUGGGGUACCAUUAAUUAAGAGGUGCAAACAAGGAUCUGAUGAAGGAACAAGAACUUAACUCAAAAUUUUGCUACCCAACUCUUCAUACUGUUAUUUUCUGUUAAUCAGCAGUUAAUGUCUGAACGUUGAGGUAAAUGUAAUGUGAACGUUGCAAUUUUAGCCUAAUAGCCUAAAAAAUCUAAAUGUUAA